AAAACAUUGAAAAGGCAAUAGAGAAAACGAGGUAUUGUCGUAUCUGUUUUGCCCAUACUACUGGGUAUAUACGCGCGACUUAAAUGUUAAAAAUGGCACGGGUAAACAUAGCAGGUAACCUACGAGUUUCAGCAGCAAAGGGCAGCUGUCUUUGAUAACUGGGGUUCUACCACGUAUGAGAACAGUUCCUAGCCUAAUAUUUCACAGCUGAUCGAGACCUAUGUCAACUGCCAAUUAGAACUUUACAAAUUCCCGAUCGUCUGCAGGAAAGCAAGCCGCCGUAGAAGCGUAUGACAUAUGGUAUAUUUGGAUUGUGUAACGAACAGCUAAUGCCAACACUCCAAAACCACCAGAGUGUAUAAUUGUGCGAAAUGCUGCAACGCACAAUCUUGAGAAACCUUUGGAUGUCGGUGAAAGUCCAGUCCUACGCUUUACCUGGGCGAGGAGUCCCCAUGCGAACCCAGAGCAAUCGAAAACAUGAUAAUGGGAAUGCAAACGGGUCUUUAAAGAAAAUAAUUUUUGGAGUGACAGCCGCAGUUGCUAGCGCUCUUGGCUAUGCGAUACUAAAUCGUAUAUUACAGGAAACUGUAGAGUCUGAUUCGACAAAUGUAGUGGAUUUUGAAUCAAUCGAUCACGAUAAUCCGGUUAACGAAACCAAGUUCUCUCUGAAAGAAGAACAGAACUUCGCCCUUAAAGAAGCACUUCGCGAUGCCAUAGAAAUUGCCGAACGCACUAACUAUGAAGCAACCUGUGAUCUGAAAACCGCAGCUGGGAAAUUAGAUGACUACGCUACGAAGUUAAUGUGUGCCCUUGGAGAGUCGAUUUGCAGCGACGAUCAUCACCUAUCAAAAGCAGUUAACGAUGCCAAGGCAAGCCAAAGUUCUGCAUUACAGUUGGCCCAUUUUAGGAGGGCCGAGGCCGACAAAGCCCUACGCAGACUGCGAGAUGUUGUCCGCAGAGGCCGUCACAACCCUGUUACAAUGAACAACAAGUAUCUUGAUGAAGCCGAACGAGUUCUAAUAACAUUACAACUAAAGCUUGAUUAUGCCUCGGACAUAGCUGCUAAAUCUCUUGAAAAAGCCCAACUUACCCAGAAUUUUGGUUUAGCCAUCGAGGACGGCAAGAAGCAACUUAUCAAAGAAGUCAAUGCGAUUUUGCCAGAAGGCAAGUCGUUUUCAGAACCCAAAAAGCUAACCACAGAAGAUUUGGCUCUGUUAAUCUCUGAUACUCACAAGAAAAUUGAGGCCCUGCAUCAUCAACUGUCACGCAUUCAGCUGAGUGAAUCGGAGAAAGCUGAACGUGUCCGACAGUAUAACUAUCAGUUCAAAGAAGAUUAUACGCCGGAUAAGAAAAAAUGAAACUUUAGAAAAUUUUAAAAUAAAUCAACUAAGAGGAAUACCGGAAUACAAUUGUGACGCGCCUAGCAUGGCGUACAUCUUAAUAGUAGUCAAUCGUACGUUAACGAGCUUAAUUGAACACAUGUUUGUUCUUAAUAGUACAACAAGCUCUAGUACUAAAAGCACGUACAGUCGUGGAAAAACAUAAGCAUCCUUUUUUACCCGUUAGUCAAUUGUUUGUAUGUGAAAGUAAGCUGUGUCUUCGCCCUAAGUUGUUCGGGAACCAAAUCUAUGAGCAUUUAAGCCUGACGAAUUCAACAGUUACGAGCCUGAUAAAUCAUACUCUCCCUCAAUUAAUCUUGAUAAGCAUAUGUACAAGUAAGCCACGCAGCCGCUAUGAAAGAAUGUCACAACAUUCAAAAAGCAUAUUUGACAUUUUAAUGGUUUUGUAUGAUCACGGAGCAAAACGUCCCGCUCUACACGAGUCGUGACGUAAAGUACUUCUUGUAGUAACGAUACGGAUUCAGUGAGGCUAUCUGCUUGCUGACCAUAGGGAUACACGAAACUGUUUAAGUUCAAAGCCCAGCUAAAAAAUGAUUCAAGUGCUGACAAUCCAGCAGCAUGAUACAAUGCUUGACGGCACGACAUUUAAAGCACUUCACAGUACCGACACAGACAAUUUAGUAAAUAUCGACAGGGAAAUCUCGACUGCGAGUGUCUUUUCGGUCUUCCAUAGACUUCCGCGUAAUGAAACAGCCACUGAAAGCUACUCUUUAGACGUUAACCAUUCAAAGCGUUAGCUAAAAUGGAAGCUAAUUCUGCCUCUACCAUACCACGGAGUAUCAAUAAUGCUUUGAAUUUUUAAAAACAAAACAAAUGAUUCUGCUGGCAGUAAUCUACGUCGAGAAGGAACAAUUUCUCAAGGUCCCC